UGAGCAGGGAUCUGUUUACAAACUGAGGGCUGUAGACGAGAAGUAGAGAAGAGAGACGAGGAAGGAGAGAGGAGGAGAGUGAAUGUGAGAGGAAAAUACCGGAGAAAAGGGGAGAGCCUGGAUCUGAAUUAACAUCAGCAGCAUUGUCUUCCUGUGUUCUUUGUUCAGUACAGGAAGACAGGGGAAGAUAUGAGGCGCUGCUUUCCACAGAAACACUGAGGCUGCCUGCCUGCCUCUCUGCCUGCCUGGUCGCCUGGUUGGCUGGCCGUGCUGCCGGGAAACCCAUCAAUGUCCUUUCCUUUGUCUCUCCAUAAUUGGAUACGGCAGGUUUUCACAGCCAGAGAGGAGGAAAGCAACAUGGAAAUCUAAAAGAAGAGGACAGAGGAGACAGAAGUGAGGAAGAGAGAAGAGAAAAGAAAAAAAGAGGAGGAAGGGAGGGAGAGACUCGUGACAAUGUUUUGAAGGGGAGACAAAACAAAAAAGCAGGGACUGCGCUCGGCCAGAGGUACAAAGCCAGAGUGCUGGAUGGGAUUUGGAGUAUAUUUUCUCGUACUGUCUUUCUGUCUACAAGGCUCACAGGUUAAUUUCCAACUGUUCGAUUUGUCUUUUGGAGAAUACACAAGGAUACCUACAUUUCUUUCUCUGAUACAUUCACAGUUCUUUGGGAGUCUACAUCUCAAUUAAAGUGGAUGUUUGUAUUGUGUUUUGGGGGGUAAAUCAUCACUGCAGACUAAGGUAUCAAUUGAGCAGCUUGUUAUUUGAGUAAUGUCUUCUUGAGGAACUGGGAGUCUCUGAACAGGUCUGCUUUAAUUCUGCUUAAUUCAGUGCACAUCUGCUCUAUCAACUAUCAGUUUAAACUAGUUUGAACCUAAACAGUAGUGGACGUACAGGUCAAAGCUGUUCUUUUGUGGAAACCAGACUUUGUGAUAUUGAAGAGGUCACGACCCCAGAGAUUUUUGGGUUUGCCAACCGGACAUCUGCAGAUUUGAUGCAUCCUGUCCAAUGGUGUAACGGGUGUCUGUGUGACCUUGGAUUGCAGAACGUCGACCCCUACUGCAAGAUGACAUCUGAAGAGUUCUUCCACCUGCCGCUCAACGUCUAUAUCAUCAUCCUGGGCAUUGGCCUCUUCAUCCUCAUGCUCAGCCUCAUCUUUUGCUGCUACCUGUUCAGACUCAGGCAACAAGGUGCAAGAGAACAGUACGGUUACAACGAGGUUGUUUUGAGAGGAACGGGGAAGAAACUGAGCCUUCUUGGUCAAACAUGUGCGGUGUGUUUAGAAGAGUUUCGCAGCAGAGAUGAGCUUGGAGUGUGCCCAUGUUCCCAUGCUUUUCACAAGAAGUGUCUGCUGAAAUGGUUAGAGAUCCGCAGCGUCUGCCCCAUGUGCAACAAGCCCAUUUGUCGCCUCCAGCCUGACCCCCCACAAGCACCUGAGCGGCCACAGAGUCUCCUGGAGGUCUGAGAGGAGAACAUAUUUUCCAGCAGCACCUCAUGCUGUCCAGUCAAUUGACACCUGUCAUUAAAGAGAGUCCCGUUUCACUGUCCAACAGAUUGUAGUUUUAGAAAUUCAAACAUUUUUUGAGGCAGAGCUACUUAUAUUAUUGUUAAACCGUAAGUGCAGAGCCAAAUAACCUCCCUGGCAAACUAUAUGGGGGAAGACUGAGAACACUGAGACAGAGGUGGUAAUGCUAAUGACUCUUACUUGAUAUGGCAUUCAUGAUAGCAGAUUAAGGCUAGCUAUCAGACCUAGAAACUGCAAUUUUAAGUACGUAGUCCAAUCCUUAAACUAAUGGACAAGUGCCUUAAAGACCUCUAAAGGCCACUGAAAAAUAACUUUAAGAUUCAAGAUUGGUUGUCAGCUAGCUAAUUUCACUUGCGUGUAUUGGUGACAAUCUUUAAUUUUGUUUUGUUCGGAAGAUAAAGGCUAAAAGAGAGCUGUGUUUGCUUGACAGGCAGGUUUUGUCGUUUCAUUUGACUUUAAUAUUAAGAGAACAAAGCAAAAGAACAUUUACAGGAAUUUACUUAAAAGAGUAAAAUGAGCGCACUAUACACUGCCCUCAGCAAUUCUCACAAUAGAAUGAAAAAAUAAUCGUCUAUAUCAUGUACAUUACCUUUUGCUAAAAAAAAUACCACAAUGCAAUGCUUCACGUAUGCUAAAUGCAUAUUUGAUUAUUUUUUAAUUGUGAUUAUGAGAGACUACAUCUGUCAGCAAUAAGUGUGCAAAAUCCCAGUUUAUUCCACUAUACAGAUAAAUUAUUUAGGAAACAGCGAAUGAGUGAACAAUUGUGUAAAAAAAAAAGUUACAGCGCCAUGUGUGACAUCCAGACAACUGUAUUUACCAUUAUCAUCAACAUCUUAGCAUUAUCACCAUCAUCAGAUUGUGCAGAUACCAGCUAGCUGGGAAGUGUUCAAAAUCCUUAUUUGAGAGGCAAGUUGGGUCAGACAAGACACUAGCUUUCAUGAGUCUAACACAUCUGUGAAACCCAAACAGUUGUGCUGGUCCCUCGGUGUGUUGAGGUUACUGCUGUAACCCAACUGAUAUAGGAUUAUGUCUGCCUCCAGUCCAGCUCUGCCUCAGAGAAAUGUUUCUAUGACAAACUCCAGUCUGCUCGUUUUCAGUUAAAAAAUGAAAUAAAAAUGACAUGCAGCGCCACAUGGGUAUGUCGUGUCUUUCACCAUGACAUAAGAGCCCGGCGCUUGGAAAGAAGACGAUUCAACCACCAGACACCAGCUUUGAAGACGUCAGAACCUCCUUCGGCUGAUCGUUGCUCCAAAUUUGAUGGCAAAUACAGAACCUGUGAUGAAAUAUGUGCAAGUUGUGCAAAACAGGAAAACUGUGAACUGACAAGAAUCAGGGGUGUGUGUAUUUUGGCUGUAAUCUUCCAUUGCUUCAAUCAGCUCCAUCCUACAGUGUGUUGCCAAAACUGAGUGAAGGUAGCAAAGCCCUAAAUGUCAAGACAGUUGAGUCAUAUGGGAUCUGAGAUAAAGACAACAACAUGAUGUCACAUGCCUGUUUAGCCACAACAAGGGUCCUAAGUGACUCAACCACUGAAAUAACCUAUAUACAUGGUUUUAAAGUUAUUUCUAAUUAACUGUUUUGUAUCAUAUCUGGCUUCCAGUGAAAUGUAUUGUGUAUACGUGAUGCUAAAACACUUGGACUGUCAUUUGUGAAAUAGCUGGAUGUCAUCGUUGAAAGCAGUGGGACAGAACUGAACCAAGCGUUCUUCGAAGAAAUCUUAGCUCCCAAUGUCUAAGAACUGCUCUGUACUGUAGUGAUAUAAAUAGACACACUGCACUGAUAUGAAGAGCCUGUUUGAGCUGGUUUCUUGUCUGACUGAGGUGCACCAUAAACAUCAUUCUCUGUUUGUACUGUGUAAAUUGUAAAUGCUUUUAAAUUUUCUGACUUUAGGAAAAAAAAAUAUAACCAGUGUUUCAAUAAGGUUAUUUGAAUCCAAGUAAUUUUUUUUUUCUAGCGUUGCUACAUGUUGACACUUUAAACUGUUUAUUUGUAUAUUGUCAUUAUAAUAUAUGGGAACAUUAUAAAAAUGUGCUGUUGGGGCCCUAUCUUUGUUUUUGGAGGUUAUGGUUGAUCUUACCAACUGUGUGUAUGUGACUGAAAGGUUUCCACCAAUAAUGUGCCAUCUCUGAUAUAUAAAUGUGCCUGAAAUAGUU